GGCUGUGGGCCUUAUGCAGCUGCUUGUCAACAAGAUGGCCUUCCUCCUCCUGUCGUUUUGACACUGAUUAUUUUGGUAUCCCCGAGAACAUACCGUAAAAGCUUGUGUCACUUCUAAAUAGAUAGUGGGAGAGCGACUGCUUAGAGUCCUAACAAGGCGUACGGUCAGAUAGACUUUGUUCAGAGGACUGACAGGCACACAAGCCUUGAUAGCAGCCAUCAACAAGACAAGGUUGAUAAUAGAAAAUAGCUGCUGGCUAAUGUCGAUGUUAGCCAGCGAGUGAGCUAGCUUAGCUACGUGGACACGGAUAGUUAACUCGUGUCACCUGUAUUUCACUAGAAAAACUGGUUUGUUCAGAGGGAAAUACAGUGGGAAACACUUGUCAUCGACCGUAUACAAGUCAAGAAGGUUGGCUGUGGAGAUUAACGCUGCUACGGUUGUAUGCCCAGUGUUGCUGGUGACUUUGAUGACAGACAGUGCCCAUCAGGUUGGCGCUGUGACAGGGAGCCGACAAUGAGAGCUCUGGCUCUGGGUGUUUGCUGGCCAGCAUAGAUGCAGAUAUGCCCCGGGGGUCCGCAUCCUGAUGGACCGAGACACCUUCUCCCACAUCCGCCUGUGGUGCCCACGCCCCUUUGGCACCUACUCCCAGAACAAAGCUAGGAGCCCAGGCUCAGGGGGCAGUGGGGGAGGCGGCGGUGGUUGGACAGGGGCCCCCUCCCUCUGCAAGUCUGAGCCCUCUCCGGGUGCCAGAAGGACUGUGGAUGGAAGUGAAGAUGGAGGGAUGAUAGUGGGUGUGCAGGAGGAGAAUGCAGAAGAGGAGGAUGUGGGCUCAGAGAACACUCCACCUGAACCUGAGCUUGCCCCCAGCUCCCUGACGCAGAGCCAGGCCCCUCCACCCUCUUCAGCCCCUUCCCCACCACCCUCUUCCGGGUCCCAGAUGGAAGAUGGUCGGGUGCUGUUAGACACCUGGUAUGUUAUUAAGCCAGGCAACACCAAGGAGAAGAUAGCAUUCUUUGUUGCACACCAGUUCAGUGGAGCAGGUCAGCCCAGACCCAGCGCUAUGAAGGUUAAAGGUAACUGGGCAACUGACUGCAGUAAAGCCAAAAGACGUAGAAGAUGCUCAUCCUAUGACCCUCCAACACGCUCCCAAGCCUCAGAGCCAAACCUCAGCCAUGACUCCUCACUUGCGCCUCAUAUCCCUGAUGAGCCACCUUUAGGAGGAGUGAAUGAGACAGACCUGCUGUCGGUGGCAGAGAUGGUUGCCUUGGUUGAGCAGAGGACAGCCAUGGCCCUCCAAGGAAUUGUGGCUGUUCAUGGGAAUCAACACCACCAUCAGCCCCCUAAUACCACUCACAGUCAGGGCCUUACCACACACCAGCACACUCUUCUCCGGGGCACGGUGUCAGACCCUACUCCUAUUGUGUUUGUGUCAGACAGUUCAAAUGGCCAGCCCUCCAAAGAGGACCAGGAGUCCUCAUCUCCCAUCCAGAUAGACCAGGAGCUGGAGGAGCAGCAGGAGUCAUUGAGGGUAGCCCAGGCCAUAGCACACUUUGAGUCCCAGAACCAGGAGAAUCGGUUCCAUCUGGGCGCUGGUCCUGGAACAGACUCCUCUAAUCAAGACCGAGAACGGGAGCAUAGGAAAGGAGGGGAGUCCGGUGUUGUAACCCCUCCUCCACCCCCUAGUCACAGUCAUGGUGAGGUUAGAAUAGCUUUCAGAGUGUCAAAUCUGGAUCCACGGUCUCAGUUGGAGCCAGCUGGCAGGUCACGCUGUAUGUUUAUGAGCUGUGGUGGUGGGGGUAACCAGGCAGCGGCCAGGGCCAAAGAGAAAAUCACCUGUGACCUCUACCAGCUUGUCAGCCCCUCAUCUAGAGACCCCAGUAGUCUUCUACUUGCCGCCACAACUGCUGCCCCUAAACCAGAUGGAGACCUCCAUCACCCAGACAGGCAGGCAUGUGGCAGCCCAGACCCAACCCAGGAGGAGAAGAAAGCUGUGGGUGUGUGUAGGGAGCGAGUGACUGGCUUCCAUGUGGAGGUGGUGGUGACAGGUGCUGUGGACCAAUGUGUGUUUUAUGGCAAAGACAGUACAGAGAAUGUGCAGGAGGAGACGGUGUGCUUCGCUAUGCCUAGUGGUGGGGGUGUAGGGAGCUCCACUGACCCUUCAUCAGAUGAUCCCCCUCCUGGACAACUCUUCUUCCUUCAGCCCCCUCGGGGCCCAGAGGAGGAUGUAAAAGGAACAGGCAGUGGGUCAGGAAUUUGCUCUUUGGACUGUGCCAACAACAAUGGCCCUGGGGCAGGGGUGGCAGGGAGCUCAGGGGAGCGGGCAACUCGACCAAAUUCUCCAAGCGUUGGAGAGGACUGUUCAGAUCCUUCACUGUGUCGCCUCUACCGCCACGUGUCCCAUGACUUCCUGGAGAUCCGCUUUCAGAUUCAGCGCCUCCUUGAGCCGCGCCAGUACAUGCUGCUGCUGCCUGAUCACAUCAUGGUCAACAUCUUCAGCUACCUGCCGACACGCUCACUGGCAGCCCUCAAGUGCACCUGCCACUACUUUAAGGUGUUGAUUGAGACAUAUGGGGUGCGGGCAGUGGAUUCACGCUGGAAUCAAGACCCUCUCUACAGGGAUGACCCCUGCAAGCAGUGUAAGCGACAAUAUGAGCGCGGGGACGUUUCCCUGUGCCGAUGGCACCCCAAACCUUACCACCACGACCUGCCUUAUGGACGUUCCUACUGGAUGUGCUGCCGGCGUACAGACAAGGACACACCGGGCUGCCGUGUCGGGCUCCAUGAUAACAACUGGGUCCAGCAGCCUGCUGAUGGCUCGCAGCCCAUUCGCACCAGAAGGGAGGACAGGAGGGAGGAGGCCAGGUAGAGAGGAAAGACUACACCUCACACAUGCCAACUCUCAUCUCCUCCUGCUUACCCUGUUCUUGCUCCCUAUCAUCUCUGUUUAGAGAAUGAACAGGACAAAAGAGGAUUACAAGGAAGAAUCAGCACUCCAAGACUGUUUUGUUUUUCUUUGCUCCAACACUCCUUUCUUGUACUUGCCCUCAGUGGAGGGAAGUUGAGA